AUGGAAGACAACACAGCUCAGCAAUCAUUCAGGCUCCCCACGGACCCAGUCUAUGGGUUCGUCGGGAUUGGCGUGAUGGGAUAUGGGAUGGCAAUGAACCUCCGCACCAAAAUCCCUGAGAAUGCCAGGUUCGUGCUCUGUGAGAUCAACAAGACAAGGAGGCAGCAAUUCAUCGAGGAAUGCAAGGCUUCUGUGGAAGUGGCGAAUUCGCCGUGCGAGGUCGCUGAGAAGGCUGACAUUAUAAUAACCAUGCUCCCACGAGCACCACACGUCCACGACGCUUUCACGAAUCCCCAGACAGGAUUCAUAUCUGGACUAUCGUCCUCGCUGGGCCCCCGUCUAUUCCUGGAAUGUUCUAGCAUCGACGUCGCGACAUCAACAUCUCUCGCCAAAAAGGUCGCCUCCACAGGACUCGGCCUCUUUGUUGAUGCUCCCGUUUCUGGAGGUCCCCAAGGCUCCAAUGCGGGCACCUUGACCUUCAUGGUUGGGACGCCCAACGAGCAGAUUUUCGACGUCGUCAAGCCAAUUCUAGCAAUGAUGGGUAAGGAGGACAAUAUCUACCAAUGUGGAGGAUUAGGUGCCGGGCUCGCAACGAAGCAGUUGAAUAACUAUCUGGGUUAUGUCGGGUAUUUGGGCCUCUGUGAAGUGAUGAACGCCGGGAUGCUGUACGGUCUUGACCCAAAGAUUCUAUCAAAUGUCAUCAACGCUUCAUCAGGCAUGAACUGGAACUCCCUCCACCACAACCCGGUCAAAGGGGUAAACCCGGCCGCAUCAUCCGCGCGAGAUUUCAAAGGCGGCUUCACGACCGAGUUGGCCGGCGGCGUCAUUGAUGAUGCAGUGGCACUCAUGGAUUCCGUCGGCGCCAGCACCGUCCUCGCCGGUGCGGUUCAAAAGGUCUUUGUCGAGGCGAGAAAGAACGACAAGUGUAAGGGCAUGGAGGCGAGGAGCGUGUGGAAGCUGUUCGCCGAGGAUGGUGGGAGCGAUGUUCGGAAGCUUUAA